CCCCUUCCUGCUCGAAAAAGGAUGAAACACAUGCUGAAGACUUUGUGAUUAUCUGGAUUUCUGUAUCCAGAAAUUGUGAUCUGAUGUACAAUUGUAAUUAAUAAUAUUUUCAGAAGACACAAACAACAAUUUACUAUAACUGGACUGGACUGCAGACAUGACUGCCAUAUUAAAGAAAGUUUGCCACUUAGCUGCUUUCAGCUGGUAUGCCUUUGUUAUUAAGUCUAUUUAUGCAAGAGGGGAUUCAGAUCUACCAGAUGGAAUAUUUGUCUAUGGGGGACCCUGGAAAUACCUCACCUUUUUAAACCUGGUCUUACAGAUGGUGUUUUUUGGACUGGCAUCUGUUAAUGACCUUCAGCCGGUGGGGAAAGCCUCGAAAAUAUCACUUCUCUGCCUCUGCAAGGACUUGCUCUUUUCUGUCUUUGUGUUUCCAGUGGGCAUGUUUGUAGUACUGCUGUUUUGGCUGAUAUUUGCCUAUGAUCGACAGCUGGUCUAUCCAGCUUCACUGGACAGUCUCUUCCCUCCAUGGAUAAAUCAUGCUAUGCACACUCUUGUUCUUCCAAUCUUGCUUGGUGAGAUCUUACUUGAGCCACACAUCUACCCUAAAACAAAGAAUGGGCUGGCUGCUCUGGGAAUUGUUGGUCUUGCCUACCUGGGAUGGGUCAUUUGGGUGUAUUUGACUGUGGGAAUCUGGGUUUACCCCUUACUGGGACUGUUUAGCAGCUCAGGCUUGACUGUCUUCUUCUUGCAUAAUAUGCUUGUGGUGACACUGCUGUACAUACUUGGACAAAAUUUGAACAAAAAAGUUUGGGGUGAGAAAAGAAGAGAAUAUGUUUUUCUGAGCUUCAUUUUGUGUUAUAUUUCUUGUGAUAUUUUGUAGUUGUUACCCUAAACUUUGUAUUAUACUAUUUGUAUAGGCCUAUAUACCAAUAUACUAAUUCACAUUGUCUCGUUUCUCUCCAUCAGGGAAAGAUCAUCCAAAGAUGAUGAGUGCAUGAUGUUUUACAAGGAAAUGUUCCUCAGACUAACACAUGACAUUUUUUUUUUUUUUUUAUAAUUGUUGAAAUUAACCUGGUGAAUCUCUUAUAUGAAUCAACUUCAUAUCAGAUGGUGAAUUAUUUGCAUUAUAUUACAUGUUGUUUUGGCUACCAUUCUACUUUUGCUACCAUACUGUAUAUCUUGUUUGAAUAUCUAAAACAAUUUAGUAUGAAAAAUGCACAAAAACAGAAGAAAUCAUGAUGGGGCAAAUACUUUUCCACAGCACUGUAAAUUUGAAAUUAAAAUGUGUAUCUGUUAUGCAGUUGUAAAUGUGUAUAUUUAAAGUGGUUCAUGGACAUUUCUGGGAACUUGCAACUGUUAAUAUAUGGCAAGACUGGUGUUUUACAUAAUUCAUUGUCAUUUAAUAAUAUAUAAAUUACAGUAACUGCAUUAGAGUUGGUUAUGCCACAACUAUAACAACAAAUGACAGUGCAAAAAUUUGAAAGGUUUUUCAUUCAUUUGCUGUGUAAUGCCAAAAUUACAGUAUGUCUACUUACUUGUUACUGUAACUUGCAGAACUUGCAAAAUUUGUAUGCAUAUACAAAGUGUAACAUGACUUUGUUACACUAUUCACAGCUUAUUCAUCAACAUGUUUUUAAAUGCCCAAGGGUUUAAAUCUGUCUAAAUCUACUUUUAACUUGCCAUUGCAUAUCCAGUUUUUAUCUAUAUGUAAUUUUUUUGAAACAAAAUCUGACAAAAAUUGUUCUGUGGUUUGCACACAGAAUUGACAUUUUAAAUUAAAUAUUUUUCAUGAUUGCUUAUGCAGAUAUUUGGAACUGAAGGAUAAUUCAUGGUGCUUUGAUUCUGUAUCCUAUUUCAUGGGAAUUGAUGGGUACAUUAAACAUUAAA